AUGGAGGAGCGGUUUGAGCAAGACUUGAUACAUCGACUUGUUGGGAGAUCCUGUGCUCGAUACUCAACCGGUGAAUCCGUAGAUCUCUGCUUGUUAACAACGGCCGAGAGCCUGAGAGGGGCUCGAACAAAACGCAGAAAGGCUUGGGACAGCUUGGGACAGCUUGGGGCGGCGUUUCAAGAUAUCAACGACCGAAAGGAAUGCUGGCUGGCCAGAUUGGGCAGUGAUGGCGAACAUCUGGAAACUUGGAACGGCCAAAAGAGGCAGGCGAAGAGGUGCAGUGAACAACGUGCUCUAGAAAAGAGAAAGAGGGGCCGCAAAGAGGGGAAGAGAGGGGGAGCAUGCAAGCUGAGAGUCGUGAGAAGAAGACCCAGACUCGGCUGGGAAGACGCUCGAAAUGGGAGCGAUCGCAGGGACAGCCAGAGACAAGUGGCCGAGGCAGCAAAGUACACCUUUGUGAGCAGCGGACUGGUCGAGCGAAACACGGCCGAUCUGGAGGAGGGCGGCGGGCGGGAGAUCGCCGUUAGGGUCGGAGUUGAGGCGAUUUGCACGCCUAGAGGGGGAGAGCUGAACCAAAAGUAUGGCAGGUCUGAACGACUGGCCGAACCUCUAGGCGAACCUCUGGGCGAACCUCUGGGCGAACCUCUAGGCGAUGGCGGUGACUCGUUGUGGAGAGGAGUGGAAGGGAGAGUGUCGAUCAUUGCCACUUUGCAGUUUGGUUUGUUCGUCUUGUUUCGUUUUUCGAGUUUUCUUGCCGGAGAGUGGAUUGCGAACCAGGGCUUUCGGUACCGAAUGCCAAAGACCGGGGUAGACGACGCCACGGCUUUUGUUGUUGAGAUGAAAUUAUCGCGAGAAGCCGAGCGAGAGUGUGAGCAAAGCGACAGCGACGACGACGAGCAAGAAAAAGAUAAGGAGUAA